AUGAAGUUCCUAGCGGGAGUGUCGUUGUUAUCCCUUAUUUCUUCUUCGUUUGCUGUCCCUACAACCGGCAAUCAUCCUCGCAAUGAAUUGGCUCAGGAAGAACAGCCCUUGAUCAAGCUAAAGCCCCAACGGACUUCCUCCCGAGAGCUUGUGAACCUCGAUGGUCUGUGGAAGUUCACCCUCGCUUCCGGUCCCAACGACACUGCUCAACCCUGGACCGCACCAUUCCCCAAGGGUGGCCUCGAAUGCCCGGUCCCAGCCUCUUACAACGAUAUUUUCACCGAUCGGGAUAUCCACGACCAUGUCGGAUGGGUCUACUACCAACGUGAUGUUUUCGUUCCCAAAGGCUGGUCAAAGGAGCAAUACUUUGUCCGAGCUGAAUCUGCUACGCAUCACGGUCGUAUCUAUGUGAAUGAUCGCCUGCUUGCUGAGCACGUCGGCGGCUACACACCUUUUGAAGCCGAUAUCACCGAGUUUGUAAAUGCUGGAGAGAAGUUCCGCUUGACAAUCGGUGUCAACAAUGAGCUCACCCAUGAGACGAUCCCGCCUGGCAAGAUUGUGGUGAGUGAGAACACCGGCAAGAGAAUUCAGACCUACCAACAUGACUUCUACAAUUAUGCUGGUCUUGCUCGCUCCAUUUGGUUGUACUCUGUGCCUCGUCAACAUAUCAAGGACAUCACCGUUGUCACGGAUGUUGACGGCAAAACUGGACUCAUCAACUACAAGGUCAAGCUGUCCGACAAGGCGACUGGGAAGGUCAAGAUCUCUGUGGUUGACCAGGAAGGAGUCGUUGUCGCAGAUACCUCUGGAGCUGAAGGUACCAUCAAGAUCAAGUCGGUCAAGUUGUGGCAACCUGGUGCCGCCUACCUUUACCAAUUGGAGGCCAGCAUUGUGGAUUCCCGCAACAAGGUCGUCGAUACCUACAGCCUAGCUAUGGGUGUGCGCACUGUCAAGGUUGAAGGGUCAAAGUUCCUCAUCAACGGCAAGCCGUUCUACUUCACCGGAUUUGGAAGACACGAAGACACCGCAAUCCGCGGCAAAUGA